GUGUGCAGAAUUGUGGAGGUGCUUCGCAUGCCUCCCUCGAGCCUUCUUGACAUGGGGCGCAACACCCGGAGAUACUUCCGGAAGGAAUCUGUACCGCCGAAGGUGGAACAGGAGGAUGGAGCCGAAGGUGCUGCCAGCAGCGGAGACCAUUCCCAGGCUCAGGAUCCUCGUGAUGGAGAUGCCUCACAGUCGAGCUCUUUAGGUGCAGCGGGCGAUGAAGAUCCGAAGGAGCCACCGUCAGAGACGCAGAGCCCCGAACAGAAAGCCACAAGUCCCAAGGCUUCUGAGGACUCAUUCUGUGUCGUUUCUGGCGCCGGUGGUGAUGGUGCCAUUUGCAAUGGUGAGUACCGCAAGGUUGGCGAGCACAACGACAAGCCAAUGUACAAGAAAAUCGGCGGCAAUGCCAUUAUCUACUUCGACGAGUCGUGGAAGAUCAAUGCCUGCAUCGACACUGGCGGUUGGUACUACUUUGCGCCGGAUUCGGCUUCUGCCACGCCUCCUGAAGGCCAGUGGACGACCGAUCCGUCCAUGAAGGAUGCGAACCCACCACCUCUAAUCUCUACUCGCAAGGCGGCAACCAAAAGUGCCAGCUUCCUCGACCUGUUAAAGCAUCGCUUAGGCAUGGGUAACAUGGAGACGGAGAAGCCGUCUGCAAUUGAGGGUGCUCCUGAGCCGUCUGCGACCGCUGAAGCCUCGACGGCAACCUCAGCUGCUUUGGAGACCCAGGACGGCAGCAUCCAGGGAGGGCGCCGCCUGGGAGACGAGAGAGACACCGCAGAGGCAACCAGCGAGAGGGAAACGUCGAGCUUCAGCGAUGCAGCCCGUGCGCAUGCAGAGCUCAAGCGAAAGCUCCCAAGGCAGAAGUCAAAGCGCCGCAUCGCCUGGCGAUUGAAAACAAAGGAGGAAUACGAGCGCGACGAGCACAAGAAAGAGCCAGUUCCAAAGAAGUACUUCAACUUCUGCUCGCUUGAAGAGAUGGUGAACAUGGUGCCCUUCCGCAGCAAUUUGGCCCGCCGCACCUUGAAGGAGGAGCAAGAUCGGCGGCUGUCAUUCCUGCAGUUUCUCACAGGCCUUCUGCAGCUGAACCCGGACAAUCGCUGGACACCGAUGCAGGCCUCUGGACAUCCCUUCAUCAUGGGCUUUCACUACGACCCCGAAUGGCGACCAGCUCCGGACCAUCCUGUGCCCUCCUUUAAGCAGGCGGUGCCACCCAGUCGGCUGGAGGCGCCGGCGUCAGGAGUGGUUCCUCUGCUGCCAUCUGCGAAGCUGAGACCUGUUCCAGGAAGUGGUGAGGAGGGCACGGGAGGUGGCUCAGCACGUGCCUGGGACGAGAAGAAGAUGGGCCCAGGCCUGGAAGGGGAACACACUCGGAGCGCUCCUGCGACCACGCGGGACAGUGGCCAAAGCAAGAGCGCCGAACUGACAGGAGCCGGCUCGGAUGAGAAGGUUCCGCAGGCAGCUUUGCGUGGACUCUGGGGCCAUCUCUGCAUGGGUAUCCCGCUGCCAGAUGACAAUCCGGCGGAGAGCUAUCGCCCACCAAUCGACAAGAUGUCCGAGCGAUUCUUCAGCUCCUUCAUGGAGGCGGAAGAGCGCAAGCGGCGCAGCUCAACGGAGACCAGUGAGGCCGCAGAGUUUGGUGGGGCGAGCCCGCCCAAGGCAAGCGCCGGAGCUUCCUUCUGUUCUUCAGCCUCUUCUACAGGCUCCACCCCAACCGGCCGGCACGCAGUGCAGCGCACUGUGGCAUCGCCCCUGCUGAAGAACCUCCCCAGCGAUCUGCGUCUUUCUGGGGCGCAGCGGCCGAACUUGGGAGGAACAGCUCCAACGACUUCGCCGCACGGAUCCUUGGCCUCCACAGCACCUGGGCCGAGCCACGGCUCGGGGCGACCGGCUUCCGGCCCGCUGCGAGGUGGCAGUGGUGCGAGUGUUGGGCUCGGCCCUGGUCGUGGAGGAAGCCGGGGUUCCUCGCCCUGGCACUUGCCUUCCCCAAUGUCGGAGCUUUCCACGGCUUCAGAGCGCCUCAACUCUUCACAGCCUUCGGGGAGCGACUCGUGUGGGGAGCCAGGGUCAGACGGGGCCUUUGCUUUCGAGGAUCAGCGCCACUCGGAGUCGGAG